AAAUCAUGGAUAGAAAGAGCAUUUUACAAGAGAGAAUGUGUUCAUAUCAUACCCAGCACCAAAGACCCCCAUAGGUGUUGCUGUGGGCGUCUAAUAGGUCAACAUGUUGGACUGACUCCAAGCAUCUCUGUAAUUCAGAAUGAGAAAAAUGAGAGCAGGCUUACUCGCAAUGACAUCCAGUCAGAGAAGUGGUCCAUCAGCAAGCACACGCAGCUCAGCCCGACGGACGCUUUUGGAACCAUUGAGUUCCAAGGAGGAGGCCACUCCAAUAAAGCCAUGUAUGUACGUGUGUCUUUUGACACAAAACCUGACCUUCUUCUGCAUCUGAUGACCAAAGAGUGGCAGCUUGAGCUCCCUAAACUUCUCAUCUCUGUGCAUGGGGGCCUUCAGAAUUUUGAACUUCAGCCAAAACUCAAGCAAGUCUUUGGAAAAGGCCUCAUUAAGGCUGCGAUGACAACUGGAGCAUGGAUAUUCACUGGAGGAGUAAACACAGGAGUCAUUCGGCAUGUUGGAGAUGCACUGAAAGAUCAUGCCUCAAAAUCUAGAGGGAAGAUCUGCACCAUCGGUAUAGCUCCCUGGGGGAUUGUGGAAAACCAAGAGGAUCUGAUUGGCAAAGAU